AACACAACGAGAGAGAGAGAGAGAGGAUGGAGGUCAGAGCUCGCGCUCCCGGGAAAAUCAUUCUUUCGGGUGAGCAUGCUGUAGUCCAUGGAUCUACUGCCAUAGCAGCUUCCAUUGAUCUCUACACUCAAGUUACUCUGCAGAAAUUGAGCGAUUCAGAGAAUGGUGAAGGCUUAUUAAAACUUCAGCUCAAGGACAUGGGAUUAGAAUUUUUAUGGUCAAUUACAAGAAUUAAAGAGAGGCUUCGUGACCUGAGUACCCCGCUUCCCUCACAGCCAAUGGCAUGUUCCUCAGAAUGUACAGAAUCAAUUGCUGCUCUUGUUGAGGAACAGAAUAUACCAGAGGCAAAAGUGGGACUUGCUUCUGGAGUUUUGGCUUUCCUCUGGCUAUACAUUUCAAUCCAGGGUUUGAAGCCUGCAACAGUUGUGGUCACUUCUGAUCUUCCUUUGGGUUCGGGUUUAGGUUCUUCUGCUUCAUUCUGUGUUGCACUCUGUGGUGCUCUGCUUGCACAGUCAGAUGUUACAACUUUGGAUCUCAGCCCACAAGGAUGGUUAACAUUUGGUGAAAGUGAGCUUGAAUUAGUAAACAAAUGGGCUUUUGAAGGUGAAAAAAUAAUUCAUGGCAAGCCGUCUGGUAUAGACAACACUGUGAGCACAUUUGGCAACAUGAUCAUGUUUAAGUUGGGUAAAUUGACCUGCAUCAAGUCUGGUAUGCCACUCAGAAUGCUCAUUACUAACACAAAAGUCGGGAGGAACACAAAAGCAUUAGUUGCUGGUGUUUCAGAGAGGGCCUCUAGGCACCCAGAUGCCAUGAGUGCUGUGUUUUCUGCUGUUGAUUACAUCAGCAAAGAAUUCUCCACCAUUAUUCAGUCACCUGUUCAUGAUGACCUGUCUGUAAUUGAGAAGGAAGAGAAGAUCGAGGAGUUGAUGGAGAUGAAUCAAGGUCUGCUCCAAAGCAUGGGGGUCAGCCAUGCUUCUAUAGAAACUGUACUUCGAACAACUUUGAAAUACAAAUUGUCUUCUAAGCUGACAGGGGCAGGGGGUGGAGGCUGUGUUUUGACAUUUUUGCCAGCACUUUUAUCAGCGACAGUUGUUGAUAAAGUAAUUGCUGAGCUCAAGUCAUGCGGGUUUGAAUGCUUAAUAGCUGGGAUCGGUGUGAAAGGCCUUGAGAUCUGUUUUGGUGGUUCAUCCUGAUUUCUUUUUCAGGGUUAGCGUUAUAUUGAAGAUUUGUUUCCAGACGUGGAUUUUGCUACAUGAUGCAAUUUAAUGUGGAAACCCACCUUGGAAUGCUGUGCCCAACAUUCUUGACAUGCAACCUCUCUAUUACAAAUAUAUUGUCUAUGAUCUAUCCCAAUCAGAGCUUAUAUUAUCACUCAGACUAAGCAUAUUGGUUACGCUAGGUGUAUUGGCUAUAUAACCCAUGUGAGCUCAUAGCAGUUAUAUUGGAAAGAGAUUUUUGAAACA